CGGAAAGAAAAUUAAUGGUACAGUCUGUUCUGACGUCAUCGCCAACCUGUCAAGCUCCAUAAUAACAUUUCCACAGUGGAUUUGCAUGUAAAUUUAAUCCAUUACGACGUGAUCAGGAGCCUGGGGGUCUAGGAUGAUGGCUGAUACCAGUGAGAUACCAGCCAGCCUCAAUGGCAUGCCGAUGAAUGAUGAUGAGUUUGAACGUAACCUCAAGGAGAUAAUGGAUGAUGGGCCGGACCUGAAUGACUCAAGUAACACGGUCCAGGGUGGUUCCUUGAGUAUUGGGGUGUCACAGAACACAUUUACCCCCAGUGAGCGGUUGUCAGGCGGGGAUUUAGCAGGGGGCAUGACACAGUCUCAGUCACUCGACCUUAAACCUGCUUCCAGUCAGGGGCCAGUAAUCAAGUCAAAGAGUAUGCCUGUAAACAAUGGCUUCUCACCUAAACCCACCAUCACACAGACUGCCCAGAACAAGCUGGAGCAGGUGAAAAACUGGAGCAUCAACCAGUACAAGUGCACCAGACAGUUGUUAUCAGAAAAACUUGGCAAAGGAUCUCGGACGGUUGACGCUGAACUUGAGUCACAAAUAGAACUCCUUAGAGACACAAAAAGAAAAUACGAGAAUAUAUUACGACUAUCACGGGCAUUGACAAAUCACUUUAACAGUGUGGUUCAGACACAGCGGUUGAUGGGAGAUGCGUUUGCAGAGCAGGCUCAGAGGUCCGCAGAGCUGCAGGAUGAGUUUACCUACAACUGUGAGACACAGCGUGCACUUGUGAGGAAUGGGGAGACUCUUGUCGGGGCAAUGAAUUUCUUCACAUCGUCUGUGAACACGCUGAUUAAUAAAACCAUGGAAGACACGCUUCUGACUGUGAAAAACUUUGAAACAGCAAGACUGGAGUUUGACGCAUACCGUACGGACCUUGAGCAGCAGCAGGCUGUAGCGGCGCGCGACUCUGCUAAUGUUGCGAGGCAGGAGGAGCUCAAGCGCAAGUUUGACGAGCAGAAGGAGAAAUAUGACAAACUCCGUGGAGACGUUGCUAUCAAACUGAAGUUCCUUGAUGAAAACAGGAUCAAGGUGAUGCACAAGCAGUUGUUGCUGUUCCACAACGCCAUCUCCGCCUACUUCAGCGGCAACCAGGCUGCCUUGGAGGCCACACUUAAACAGUUCAACAUCAAGCUGAAAGCACCCAACUCUGAAUCUCCGUCAUGGAUAGAAGAGCAGCAGUGAUCAGCUGGGUUGUGUUAUUUGAUGUUGUGGAAUGCUCACAAGCUGCAUGUGCUGGUGACUGAUGAAUGUGUUCUUGGAUGGCCAUAGGAGAUGAGAGCCACUCUCCUAGAGAUGGAGGCUUUGAUUUGUUGUUUACUAAACUUAGGUUGCUCUAAAACAGUUGUUCUCUCAAUCUCUCAGCCUUGGAUGUUGUUCGGAGGAAUAGAUAGGCAUGCUAGGACAAGAAUUAUGUUUAAUAAGUUUACUAAAAACACAAAGUGAAUUGUCAAUUAAGUACUAUUUGGCCUGAAAAGUAGAUAAAGAAAUCCUUAUUUCAUUUUUUAUGCUCUAGUAUUUGAUGGUAACUCUGCUUUCCAUAUUGUCAUUAUUAUAUGAAUUAUAAGAUAUUCAUAUAUUUUGUCUACUCAUUCAGUGUAAUGUCAGGUAAUUUGUCAGACUGAUUAACUUAAACAUGCUGUUGUUUCUGUUCAGGUUUGUGCUGUAGACUAUACAUUAUUUGUCAUUUUUUUAACAAAAGAAGACACCAAAGUGAUUAAAUUGUUAGAUUUUAUUAUGUUUAUGUCAGAACAAAGUUCAAAUGUAUGGUUUGUUGUAAAUAAAAAUAAACUGACAUAUGGUUUUAACUAAAGGUAUAUGGAAGGGUGCAGCACCCUGACCUUUAUGGUAGUACCUCAUGGAGAAUAGCAUUGGCACCCUUCUGCCUUCAUAUAUAAAAAUGCUUAACACUGCAAAGUAUUUCGGUUGUUUGGAUUCAAACUGAUAGUAAGACGAUGAAUACAUUCAUUUGGCAGUUGAAACAGAAUAUUACCUAAAUUAAACACAAUUCCUAACAUUUUCUGUAAAUUCAUUGUGUUCGAGUUCCUCACAGUCUGAUACAAUGAGCCCCUUUUUACCCGGCUCCAUUUCUGCAGCACCCUGUCUUUGGCUAAAACCUUAUGUUAGUUUAAACUAUAUUUUUUUACAACAAUUGUGAAGAAAGUUAUAUUGAAUUGUUGUAAGUCACUCUUGUUGGCAAGAUAGCGAGGUCUUGUUUUGUGGGGGAAUCUGGAGUAAUCGUAGCGGAGGUUACCCACUUGUCCGGCUUGGUGACCACAAACCAAACUCAUGUAUGCCCAAGCCGAGAAUCUAGCCCUAACCACUGCACCAACUGACUAUAAUAAACUGUUACUUGAUGAAAGCAAAUUUUUAUUGUAAAUCCUUGUUCAUAUUUACAUGUAUUACUUUUAGGCCGUUACAAUGGACGCUGGGUCAGAAUCUGUGUUGUGGACCAAGAUUUUUUGUGCAAUGUAUUUAUGUGUAUAUAUUGAAUGUGUUUAAAAUAUUGUGAUCACCACCAUUAAUUUUGUUUAAACACAGCGGUAAUGGCAUUGUUCUGAAUAUCAGUAGUUAUCAUUCAUGGAGCUGUAGUAUAUUUGUAUGAGGAAUAUUUUAACUUUUAUAACAAUGAACCAGUAACAUUCCCAAUAUUGAAAAUGUGAUUGUCAUAAAGCCCAUAGUGAUAUAAUGGUCUUACCCCAUGGUCUUACUUUCACAAUCAUUCAAACAUUUAUUGAAAGAAACAUUUGAACUAACCAUGCACAUUCUAGAAGUGUGAUUAAAAUCAACAUCUGUAUUUUGCUUGAAAUGUAACACAAAAGUGUAAGUAGAACUGCCUAGGUUGUAUUAAAGUCAAAUUUUUCAGAUUUGGAUUUUCGAGGUGCUAUGGUAAAAUCAAAAUCUGCAAAAAUCUGAUUACGACCUUUCCGAUCAGAAGGCAGUACUAGUAACCCUUUUAUCAUAUGCAUUUCUGGUUUUAAUCACAAGACAUGUUAGAACAUAAUAAAUUACAUUUUAAUAACACUAUUUGUUUACUGACAUGAUUUUGACAUCGCACAAUACUACUUGAUAUGAGGUGACGUUAGCGGAGUAGAAUAUGGCCCUGUUGCACUAGGUGGAAUACAAACAAACUUACGUUGUUAUGUAUUGCUUGCAGUUUUAUGAUGUGUAUUAUAAAAAAUAUAUUGUGUAUAAAAGUAUAAUAACAUGUAUGUGUUUUCUCAUAAUAAUACAGAAAAAAUUAGCAUCUGACCGGAAUGAUUUCAUUGUAAUCAAUUACCUCAGUCAGUAGUUGGUGACAUUCUUCUCACUAUCUUAAUACUAAUAUAAUUGAUUACUUGUCAGAAGGAAUAUUGAAUUAAUUCAUCAACAUUAUGCUUAGACUUUUUUACAAACAAUAAGAUCAUGUUAAACCUUCAUGCACUACAAGCCAUUGGAGCCAUGUCCUUUUAUUGUUUUCUAGUUUGAGCCUAAUGUAGAUAGUGUAUGAUUUAUCUUUGGUUCUGUCCGUCCGUCCUUGGUUUUUGUUCCUCAUCAGGCACCGUCCUCUUUAUUGAGACUGUGAGUCCUCUGCUUUCAUUAUGUGUGUUGUUUUUCAUAUAUCGUUCAAAAUAAUUUAAAAUACAGGUACAUGGUUGUCAAAAUACAAAUUUCUAAAUUAUAUUAAAUCUCAAUAUAGGUGAAAAAAGAUAGAAAACAUACAAUGGUUAAAUCGUCUAAUUAAUCAAUGAAUAGCAGCAUUUUUUUUUAAAUGUAAUUGCAUAGAAAACAAGGCCAAAUGUUAAAAUUUUACUUCCUGAAAUAGUUCUUUGCUAGCAAUUAAAUAUAAUUGCAUAUAUGACAAACUUCAAAGUGUAUAGGUCCAUUAAAUGGGAAAACCAUUUUGAUAAUAAAUCAAUUUGGUAAAAAAUAUUUGUAAUUUAUUUAAAUGUACUUAAAAAAAAUCAAGUUAUUGCAUUCUUUAUUGUUUACUAAUAUAAUAUGAUUUUGUUUUGUGUUCUUUUUUGUUACUGAUUUAUUUAUUAUUAAACAUAGCGAUCUAAAUUAAUUUUAAUCAUGUUUCAUGAGUCAUUUAUUGAAAACAACACUGCUUGUUCUAUAUGCAACAUUAAAGUCUUUGACACUAUC